CCUCAAUGUUAAGUCUUACAAUGGCAAAAAAUCGAACUAAGCGAAAUAUCAACUUGGAUGAGCUUUCUGCAGAUCUAGAUAAAAUCUACGAUCUGAUUGACGAAAUUGGAUCCGAUUUUGAUGUCGACAGUGAUGAGGAUGACGAUAUUUUUGAAUCUCCAACAAUUGUUUCUGAAAACUCGGACGGAGAAGGAUCCGAAGAAAGUAGCAACGAUGAAAAGCAAGGUUCGUCGAAAGUCAGUAAAAAAACCUCUUCAUCGGAUUUAAAAUGGAUUAAAAUGCAAUUUGAAGGAAAAGACCUUUUAGAAAAUAUCACAAAUGACAAUGUAGCCGAAGUUUUGAGUCCUUGGGGUUACUUCAGCAAAUAUUUAAAUAACGAUUUUCUCGAAGUUGGAGCAGAACUGACAUCUAGAUAUCAUUUACAGCAAACUGACAGAGAGAUAAAACCAAAAAUUACUUAGAAGAGAUCAAACAAUUUUUUAGCAUGCAUACUAUCAUGGGGUGUUUUAAAUUUCCGAAUUCAUCAUACUGGAGUAUUGAGUAUCGGCUACGAAUUAUUACUGAUGUAAUGAAUCGGGACAGAUUCUUUAAACUUCGUACAAAUUUUCAUGUAGUAGAUAACCUUGCGGUCUCCGAAUAUGUCAAAAAACUGAACCACCUGUGGAAAAUUCAGUGUGUAAAGAAUAAGCCAGGACCUGUUGGCCUUAAAAAUUUUGUUCUAACAACUUCAGAUGGUUUGAUACUAGAUUUUGAGAUUUAUCAAGAUCCUUGACACCACUGGAAAACAAAGAGCUUGGUUUAGGGCCAUCAGUCGUUUUGCGUUUAAUUAAAACUUUGCCACAAGGAAGCACAGUUUUUUUUUGACAGAUAUUUUUUAACAUUAUCUUUGCUUUAUAAAUUAUUGGAAUUAAAAGUAGAAGGUAAAGGGACGACAAUGUCUAACAGUAUGAAAGGAUGUGUCUUCAAAAAAGAUUCAGAGAUGAAAAGAGGACAGGCAGAGGAGUAUGUCAGAAGUGACAAAAAAAUAUGUGCUUCAAAAUGAAAAGAUAAUAAAUCCGUUGUUAUGGUUUCUAUGGCCUUUGGAAUAGCUCCUGAACAAAAUGUGAGGCGGUGGGAUAAAAUACGAAGAACCAUGUUAAAAUAUCCUGUCCGAAUGUAGUUAAAAUUUGUGACCAAAUGACUGAAUGUUACAGAACUUUUUUUUUUAACGAGAAAAUGAAUAUUUAAAACAAUUCUUCAUUUAUUUGAUAUAUGCAUAGUUAAUAGCUGGAUGGAAUAUAGACAUGAUUGUGUAACUAAUAAAUUCUAGUUCAAAGAUAUCAUGGACUUUUUGAAAUUCCUUCUAAGUUUAGGAGAGUUUUUAGUUUGUGGCACAAAAAAAAGGGGAAGAGAAAGAGACACUGAUGUAGGAGAAGAAGAUCCGAGGCCCAAUUCUAAGAGAUAUGCUCCACUUCCUUGUGAAGACAAAAUAUUUAAUGGCUUCAAUCAUUGGACAGUUCAUGAGAACGAAUAAAAAAAACCCCAACAUGUGUCGUCUGGAAACUUGUCAAAGUCGGUCAAGAAUAAAGUGUGAUAAGUGUACUCGUAAGAUAAUUUGUUUUUAAACAAAGAUCAAAAUUGUUUUGUUAAAUUUCACUGUAAAUAAUUAUCUUACAUAAAAUAUAUUAGUUAAGUACAAAA